CAACCUUUUGAUUUGUAUUAUAAGUAGGGGGCCUGGUCUAUCCAGAAUUCCAAAUCAAAUCUUUUCCCAUGGCAAGUAGUUCAUCUACUACCCAAGAUGGUGUUGCAAGAUCUAUAUCAGAUGCCCCACCAACUCAUUACAUAGUCAAGAUACAGUUAUUCUCAUUACUUCUAAACAACUCGGUAGAAAAAUAUGAAUCUGGAGAUUUUGAGGCUGGAGGCUACAAAUGGUAAGGCUUUCUACUUCUCUUUUUCUUCACUACAAAAUCACACACUUUAUUUUGCCUUAUGAUUUACAACUAAAUGUGUCCAUCUCAUGUGGGAACUUCGUUCUCUUUCUGUGAACAUAUAAACAGGAAACUGAUUC